UCGACAUGUUUCUGAUUCCUCGGACAGACCAGCACACAGCACGCAGACACACACGAACCCCUGAGAGACACGGAGAUACGAGCAGCAGACAUGACUAUUGUGAUUGGGUUUGAGGGCAGCGCUAAUAAGAUUGGUAUCGGCAUUGUGAAGGAUGGGGAGGUCCUGUCCAACCCUAGACGUACCUAUAUCACUCCACCCGGUCAAGGUUUCCUACCAAGUGAAACAGCUAGACAUCAUCGCGGUGCAAUUCUGACUGUCCUCCGAGAGGCACUGGAUGAAGCUAGACUAAAACCUUCCGAUAUUGACUGUGUUGCAUACACCAAAGGCCCAGGGAUGGGAGCCCCUCUGGUUACUGUGGCCUUGGUGGCCAGGACAGUUGCCCAGCUGUGGGGGAAGCCACUGGUGGGCGUUAACCACUGUAUUGGGCACAUUGAAAUGGGCCGACUGAUAACUGGCGCAAACAACCCUACAGUGCUAUAUGUCAGUGGGGGCAACACUCAGGUAAUUGCUUACUCUGAAAGACGCUACAGGAUUUUUGGGGAAACAAUAGACAUUGCUGUGGGAAACUGCCUGGACCGCUUUGCCAGAGUGAUCAAGAUAUCUAAUGACCCUAGUCCUGGCUACAACAUUGAACAGAUGGCAAAGAAGGGCAAGCAGUAUGUGGAGCUUCCGUACACAGUGAAAGGAAUGGAUGUUUCUUUCUCUGGGAUUUUAUCGUUCAUAGAGGAAGCGGCACACAAGAUGUUGAGCUCAGGACAGUGUACAGCAGAGGACCUAUGCUUUUCCCUGCAGGAGACACUCUUCUCUAUGCUGGUGGAGAUCACGGAACGGGCCAUGGCUCACUGUGGCUCUCAGGAGGUCCUGAUUGUGGGAGGAGUUGGCUGUAACCUCCGUCUGCAGGAGAUGAUGGGUGUGAUGUGUGAGGAGAGAGGUGCACGGCUCUUUGCCACAGAUGAGAGGUUCUGCAUUGACAACGGGGCAAUGAUUGCACAAGCUGGCUGGGAAAUGUUCCGUGCGGGUCAGAUAACAGAGCUGCCUGACUCCUGGAUCACGCAAAGGUACAGGACAGAUGAAGUCGAAGUCACCUGGCGAGACUGAGAUGUUCAAAUCCAAAUGGAAAAUAAAUAAUUACAAAAAAAAUAA